CGGCUAAGCGAAAAAUGGCUACAUAUGGAAACGAGACAGUCGAUAACUAUCUUUACUCCUCUUACAACCCUUAUUACUACAAAUACCCCAAAUUCAAGGGCUGGAGACAGAAAGCUUACUUCACCAACUACGGUGAGGGCGAGACCUACUUUGAUAAUCACCACAGGGCGCAGCUGAAGUCCAUCUUGUCUCAGAUCAACCCAAAUCUCACCCCGCGUCUGAGGAAGGCCAACACCAAAGACGUCGGGGUUCAGGUCAACCCGAAGACCGACGCGUCUAUCCAGUGCUCUCUGGGGCCGCGGACGCUUCUGGCACGCAAACGCGAUGCCCUGCGCCGGCGGCGGCAGGAGGUCCAGACCCCUGGGAGUCCCGUCAGCAGCGGUGGUGUCCGGUUCCCGCGCACCCAGGCCGUUUACUCCCCAGUAGAAUCCCGGAGACUAGUGUCCCUCUUCAGAGAGGAGGGUGAAGAAGAGGAGGACACGGAUCUCGAGGUCACAGAGACGGUUGACAGCGCAGAGAAGCUGGAAAGCGCCGAGAAAAACGUGCGCAAACAGGGUAAGAAAAGCGCGAAGCAACCGCUUAGUCCAGAGAAAAAUAUAAACAAGCAGACUGAAACAAAUGAGGAGAACACAAACGAGCCAGUGAAAACCGAACAAGACGAUCUGAAGUCCAAGGCUCGUGUGAGAUUUCAGUUUUUGGAGCAGAAGUAUGGAUUCUAUCAUUGCAAAGACUGCAACCUACGGUGGGAAAGUGCUUAUGUGUGGUGUGUCCAAGGAACAAACAAGGUUUAUUUCAAGCAGUUCUGCAGAACAUGCCAGAAAUCAUUCAACCCAUACCGGGUUGAGGACAUAGCAUGUCAGACUUGCAAGAAAGCUCGCUGCACAUGUUCUGUCAAGUCGCGUCACGUGGACCCCAAAAGACCCCACCGGCAGGAUCUGUGCGGCCGCUGUAAAGGCAAGCGUCUGUCCUGCGACAGCACGUUCAGCUUCAAGUACAUCAUCUAGCAGCUCUGUCCAUUGUUGUCAUCAGCUGGAUUGUCCACCUCAGUCUCUGCACCUCUGCUGCUCGUCGACCGCAGUGGGGGAGGCAGGCCCAUCGGCCACUACAGUCUCAUUUGUUUUUGUUUUGCUUUGAUUACGAAUUGCAGUACUUGUAGGUGUGAUUUCUGAACAAUAAAAAUGGAAGUUACUAGCA